ACAGGUGCUAAAGGUCAGCAUACACACAGCCACUGCCCCCUGGCUGAGCACUCCCAAAGACACCCAGAGACAGAGUGAGGACGCAGUGGAGAGAGAGUGAGAGAAGGACAGACACAGAGAGUGGAUGAGACAGACAGCAGCCAUCUCUUUCAUACCGAAGAGUGAGGACUAAGGACCGGUGCCCAACAUGAAGCUGACGCUCCCCAACCCGGGUCUGGAGAAGAGGAUACCGUCCCAUUCGGACCUGGACAGGAUGGAGGUGGAGGAGGCGGGAGACAGGCCCAAGUGGGACAACAAAACCCAGUACAUGCUCACCUGCGUGGGGUUCUGUGUCGGGCUGGGAAACGUCUGGCGCUUCCCCUACCUGUGCCAAAGCCACGGAGGAGGUGCUUUCAUGAUUCCCUUCCUGAUCCUGCUGGUUCUGGAGGGGGUCCCUCUUCUGCACCUGGAGUUUGCCAUUGGCCAGAGGCUCAGGAGUGGCAGUGUGGGGUGUUGGAGGUCCAUCAGUCCCUACCUCACUGGAGUCGGUAUUGCUUCUAUGCUGGUCUCCUUUGUGGUGGGCAUGUACUACAACACCAUCAUGGCCUGGGUGAUGUGGUACUUCUUCAACUCUUUUCAGAGUCCCCUGCCAUGGAGUCAAUGUCCUCUCAACGAAAACAAAACAGGUUAUGUGUCAGAGUGCGCUCGAAGCUCCCCAGUGGACUACUUCUGGUACAGAGAGACCCUGAACGCCACGGCAACCAUAGACCAGUCUGGUGGUAUGCAGUGGUGGAUGAUCCUAGCACUUCUGUGUGCCUGGGUCGUGCUCUACGUCUCGGCAAUCAGAGGCAUUGAGACAACCGGAAAGGCAGUUUAUAUCACCUCCACCUUGCCAUAUAUUGUUCUCACUAUCUUCCUGAUAAGAGGAUUGACUCUCAAAGGAUCUCUGAGCGGUAUAAAGUUCCUGUUCACCCCAGACGUGAAUGAGCUGAUGAAUCCGACCACGUGGUUGGACGCAGGGGCCCAGGUGUUGUUCUCCUUCUCCCUGGCCUUCGGCGGUCUCAUCUCCUUCUCCAGCUACAACUCAGUCCACAACAACUGCGAGCAGGAUGCAGUGAUAAUCUCUGUGAUCAAUGGCUUCACCUCUGUCUACUCUGCGACCGUCAUCUACUCUAUCAUUGGCUUCAGAGCCACUGAAAAAUUUGACGAAUGCCUAAGUGGGAACAUCCUAUCAAUGAUGAAUGCCUUCGAUGUUCCUGAGGGCAACAUCACAGAGACCAAUUAUGAUGAAAUGGUGAACCAUUUCAACCUCACCUCCCCUGGCAUUUUAGCAGGGUUAAACCUAAAGACAUGCGACCUCAACCUUCUUCUUAGCGAGGGUGUCGAGGGUACAGGCCUAGCAUUCAUCGUGUUCACAGAGGCCAUUACAAAGAUGCCAGUGGCCCCAGUGUGGUCUAUCCUCUUCUUCAUCAUGCUCUUCUGCCUGGGACUGUCCACCAUGUUUGGCAACAUCGAAGGGUGUGUAGUGCCCCUUCAGGACCUCAACAUCCUCCCACGAACAUGGCCGAAGGAGGUGUUCACAGGCCUGACGUGUUUGGUGUCCUUCCUCAUUGCCAUCAUAUUUGCCCAGGGCUCUGGCAGCUACUGGCUGGCUCUGUUUGAUAGCUUUGCCGGCUCCAUCCCCCUGUUAGUCAUUGCCCUGUGCGAGCUGAUUGCCGUGUCUUACAUCUACGGCAUAGACAGAUUCAAUGAGGACAUUGAGUUCAUGAUUGGUCACAAGCCAAACAUCUUCUGGCAGGUGACCUGGAGGUUUCUGAGCCCCCUCAUCAUCCUGGUCAUCCUGGUGUUCUACUUCGUCACCACGGUCGCCAAACCACUCAGCUACAUCGUCUGGGAUCCCGAAUCGGUGAACUUUCCGACUCUGGCAGAAGUAAGGUACCCAGACUGGAUCAGCGCAAUCAUCUUUAUUCUGGCUGGUAUCCCCAGCUUGUCUAUUCCCUUCGUAGCUUUGGUCAAGUUUAUUUGCAAUCGCAACAAGACGAGUCACGACACAGAGUCAAUCAGUACGAUAUCUGGCAAAGUACAGAUGACUGUGAAGACAUCAAACUAAUCAUUGAUCUUCAGUGAGACGAAGAUCUUGGCAGCACUCCAACUUCAAGCAAAAUAGUCGUUCAGUUUGAACUUCAUAAAAAAGGUGGUUAAAGUUUAACUAUAAAAAUGCAACACUACCAGAAUGAAGCUAGAACAUUUAAACAAUGCUUGCUUGAAUAUAAUUAUCAGCAAAACUCUACCAUUGAUUUGUGUAUGUUAGUACAGUGCCUUGCAUUUGUAAAGAUUUUGUCAAAUUUUUAGGUGGGGCAAACUGUUCAAAACCAUGUCUGCUGCAAUUCUGUGCCAUAAAGCAGAACGACACUUCUACAUAAAAUCGCACUUUGUCCACAAAUGUAUAGUGAGAGCGUUAUGGGAUGUUUUCGAACAAAUCUGUGUCCAUUUUUAUCCCUGUGAGUUGUGAGUUUAGUCUUGAGAAUAUCUGUAGACCACAGUCAUGACUAUUAUGGCAGGAGUUUAUUUAUGUGAGACGAGCACGUGAUAUACUGGUAUAUCAGCUGUCUGUUUGUUUAGGCUAUGUUAUCAUUGCUGCUUUUAUAAUUGUUUUAUAACACAGAGUUUUCCAUUUGAAUACAAUGAACAAUAAUAAAGUUAUAUAUGUUGAAA